GAAAAAGUCAAGGUCCACAUCAAAAAUUUAAGUUUGGUUACUUUUCUGUCACUCUAUGCCACUGUGCGCCGCAAGCGCCGGCAUUGAGUGGGUUUCAAUUUGAUUGGUUAGUAUAAGCAGCGCCGGGAACCUGGCAGCAGUCGCACCUCAAACGCUCCGCGGGAACUGCGAGUGCCGGUUUGAAUCCGCACCUCGGACUGUGAUCGCCACGAACGCAAUCACAACAAAGACACCUAAGUCAGUUGGAGUGCGAACACGGCUAUCUUGUGUUAGGCGUUAUCAACGGCAAUAUCCACCCUGCCGCUAUGACAGCCGCCCACGAGCCGACGAUCCACUAUCUGGACAGUGUUCUUAGCGAGGAGGAGAAGCGGUGCGAUUACGAUCACCAAUGGCGCAAUAUCUCAAUCUCCCGCUCUGGGCGCUUCCGUUCGAAAUGCAAGCGGCGGGACACGGUCGACGGCAAGCUCUUCGACGCAGGAUCAGGAUCUGCGAGGGACAACGAAAAGGUGCGGUAUCGGGGCCAUUUUAAUAAGCCUUAUUGCCAAUGGUUCGAUUUCUGUGCGCCUCAUAUCGCAGUCCGUCGAACGGAUAUUCAAAGCCUGCUGCCCCCGUAACGACAGGACCGACCACAAAGACAGGUUCCCAAGCGAGAAGUCAACUUGACCAAGUGCAGAGCUAUAAAAGUUUUUACGAGACGAAUUUAUAGAUAAAGUCACUGUCAAGUCUACGGCUAUAUUUACUGGGUAUUUCCUUUAUAAUGAACACAUGUAUCAUGUAUAUAAUUUAGCAUGACGCUUUAUUUUAUCAGAUUAAAAAGAUAAGGAAAAGAAAGAAAAGGGGAACGACAUAGGUCUUAUUGCUAUACGAGUGGGCUAUGCAGCUCAGGGAAGACAAGAUACACUUCUCGUAGCUUAAUUUAUUUUAUCUUGGUUAGGUGUUUACUUUCACUUUCUCAUUCUUUUUGCUUAGGUAAGUCAUACUUAAGCAAAGUUAUUACAUACCGCAUUCUAGCUUGCUUAUAUUGGUAAAGUAUUAAAACGUGAUAAUUGCACUAAUUAAUAUGCAUAUUUUUAAGGUUAUUGUAAAGUUAAUUAUUGUAUUUAAAUCAAACCAAUAAAGAAUCAUGUUCGAUUAAA